AUGCCACUCUUGAAUCGACACGGCGUGUAUCUCUAUUACGAGGUUCAUGGGAACGGACGUCCGUUGCUGCUAACUCAUGGCUAUUCUUCCAGCUCUGAGAUGUGGAGAGGACAGGUCGGAGCACUGUCAAGACAGUUCAAACUGAUAAUUUGGGACAUGCGAGGCCACGGCAAAUCCGACUAUCCCAGAAACCAACAAGCGUAUUCCGAAGCACAUACAGUAGCAGACAUGAGCGCUAUUCUCGACCACGUCUGCGGCCGUGGCACAAUGGCCAUCAUCGGAGGCCUGAGCCUUGGUGGCUACAUGUCAAUGGCAUUCUAUCGAAUGUAUCCGGAUCGAGUCACUGCACUGCUCAUCAUCGACACUGGACCAGGUUUCAAGAAAGACUCUGCACGAGAUGACUGGAACAAGUACGCCAACAGCACGGCCGAGAAUUUCGAACGCAAUGGUCUCGCGGAUUUGCAGUCGCAAAGUGCAGAGCGAUCGCAGAAUAUGCAUAGGAAUGCGGAAGGUCUGGCUUUGGCUGCUCGUGGCAUGUUGGCGCAGCGAGAUUCUUCGGUGAUUGAUUCGUUGUCGAAGAUUGUUGUGCCAUCUUUGGUUAUUGUUGGUGCUGAUGACAAGCCGUUCAUUGCUGCGUCUGAUUAUAUGGCGAAGAAGAUCCCAAAUGCGAAGAAAGUGGUUGUGCCAAAUGCUGGUCAUGCUGUCAAUAUUGAUCAGCCGGGAGCGUUUUUGGAAGCUAUUAAACCGUUCUUGGAUGAAUUUGGUUCACCAAAAGCUGUACUCUAG